ACAUAUAUCUUUACCUUUUGGCUCCCCCCAUCAAAAGAAAACAAACAUCUUGAAACUACUAUUCAAUUAUCUUUUUUUAGUCAAGGUUAUUAUUAUUCGACCUAAUGUCCAAUGGUCCUUCGCCUGGUUUUGAAACUCAAGGGUAUUCUGGACUUUCUUCUGCUGGAUUGCAAACUACUGCACAACCACGCUCUCGUCAACAAGAUAUGUUAAAUCCUCAACAAGAUACCUUUCCUGGUAUAGCAACAUCAAAUAAUCUUGGUAAUGGAAUACAUCAUUCUUAUGGCUCUCAGCUUGGUUCUAUUCCUCAUGGUUCUCUUGGUGGAAAAGACCAUAGACAACAUCCUAUGCAACAACAACAACAACAGCAACAGCAACAACAACAACAACAACAACAACAACAACAACAACAACAGCAACAACAACAACAACAACAACAACAACAACAACAACAACAACAGCAACAACAACAACCACAACCACAACCACAACCACAACCACAACCACAACCACAACAACAACGACAACAACAACAACAACAACAGCAACAGCAUCAGCAACAACAACAGCAUCAGCAACAACAACAACAACAACAGCAACAACAGCAGCAACAACAACAGCAACAGCAGCAACAGCAGCAACAGCAACAACAGCAACACUCAUCAAGUGCUAGUCCUGGAAAUAGUCAACAAGGGAAUGGAACUCUUAAUCAAGAUUCGUCACUCUGUUGCUCUCUAUGUCAGACAUUUCGUCAUAUAUCAUUCUUCCAGACUGAACGAGAUGGUAAAUAUGAUGUAUGUGAACUUUGCAAGGCUCGGGAAUAUCAAAAACAAAAACUACAAAUGGAACGCUAUGAAAUGGUGGAAGAUCAAAAACGUAAACAAGCACAAUAUUCACAACAAAGACAACAGCAACAACGUCAGCACUUUUCUUCCAGUUCCCAGGUACACCAAACUCCACAACAACAUCAUCCACACCAUCACCACCAGUUAUCUACACAUGGAAUGCCAUCACAUCUUCACACUUCAGGUUCACCAACAGGAUUAUCUACUUUAGCUCAGCAACAACAACAACAGCAACAGACGUCAGCAGUAUCCCCUCUUUUGGUAAAACAUUCAUCCUCUCCAACCUCACAAUCAUCCUCAAUGAGUCUUCCACCAACGACUGUGAUUCCUGGAGUCAACAAUUCCAACAAGUCACAUAUGUUUUCGGUGAACAGCAUGCGAUCUCAAUCACAACUACAAUCUCAUUUGAUGCAACAUCCCCCCAUGUCAUUACCACUUCCAUUAUCGCAACAGUCACCUUUGCAAACUCAAUCGCAACCGCCUUUCCACCAUGCUCAUGUACUUUCUCCACACGAUGAUGCGGAACAACAGCAACAACAACAACAGCAGCAAUCACCAAUGCCGUCAAGACCAAUACCUCCCAUGUACGCCCUCAAACAGCAGGUAUCGCCUAUACAACAACAGCAAAGACAUCUUCAACAUCCACAUGCUCAUCAUCACCACCAGCAGCAACAACAACAACAACAACAACAGCAUCAUCAACAGCAUCUUCAACAACAGCAGCAACGUCAAAUUCGCCAAAAUCACCAUAAACAACUAUCAUUGGAAAAUCCGCAAUUACAUAUCAAUGGAGGCAGAGAAAUGAAUCAAGUAUCGUCAGAGGAGAAAUCUUCCAAAUCUACAAUGAUCGUCACCCCAGAAUCCAGUACACAUGACAACAAUGGUAGUAAGAUCAGCAAUACUAGCAGCGGUGGAAACAACAACAAGAAAACAACAACAGCUUCCAGAGCACGCAUGGGAGGAAGCACUGGAAAAUCGAAUCAUGGCGACAAAUCAAAUCAAGAAUUGAUGUCAUUACCUCAAUUUGUAAUGGCAUUGCAGCAACAGGAAAUAUUCGAUCGGAUGCAUUACGCCAUUGAUAUUUCAACACUGAUUAAUCAACCUACCAUAUCGUCCACUGGUGAAGAUCAGAAUUCGAAGACUGGAUUUACGCAAAUUGGACGAAAGAUUUGUGAACACGUUUUGGAAGGGACAAAAUUCAAUUUUAGGAUCGCAGGCGAUCUACAAGGGCACCUGAUACAACAUCAACACUACGUUAUUAUUGCUCACAACGUGCUGAUAUUGUCAAACCACGCAAACCAGACAAGAACAAACGUACAAAUGCGACCAGUUCGACGGUAAACGACACUACAACAAAGGCAUUGAAUCGAUAUGAAUGUUCAGGAGGUUUAACAAUUGUGAUUGAUCUUGUGAAACAGACGGCCCAUCUUACCCUGAAUCACAAAGCAAAGCAUCCACCUUUUGCAAGUACCAAUAGUUAUCAUCAUGGUAGUACGACCAAUCAACGACAAAAGUCUCAACCUCGACAACUAAAAGCAAAGGCAGUCAAGACGGCUAAUACAAAUAGUAAAAA